AUGGCGGGCAGGCAAUCAUCUUCUGCAAACCCAUCUGGUAAUUUAGAUAAUACCGUAGAACUAAAUGAGUCAACUCUAACAGAAAUUGUUAGAAGAGUUUAUGACUCAGUGCAGUCAGUAAGUGAAGAAAGGCCGAGUCCGGAGAAUCGUUCUACAAAUGCCUCAGUUGAAGACGAACUUGCGCAAAGAUUUAAUAGUUUACCACGCCGUGGAAGUGAGCAAAGACCGCAACUGCCGAAAGCAGACAUUAGAACUUUUACGAACACGAGGCCUAGAUUCAAUCCACAGGUCAAUUACGGACACAGUGGGGUAACGAGAGGAAAGGGAAAAGGCAAAGUAAAGACUACAAAGUCUACAAAGGCCAAAGAGGCAGUUAAUAUUAGGAAGGAGUUAAUUUUGCUCCCAUAUCCGACCUACACGCAAGUCCCUCGCUAUGAGCAUAAGCGGAAACUUCAAGAGCUUGGCCUGAUUGUUGAUGGAUUUCCCUUAGAUAAAUCAUGGAAUGAGAACCAACUACGGCUGAAGAUUGGUGGUGCUUUUGUGCAAAAAUUAGUGGAUGAACAGGGUGAAUUUGUUGCCUUUGAAUAUGUAAAAAGCAUUGGCCAAAAUAUUUGCCCCUUAAAUCUAUAUGCCAAUAAGGAGCCUUCAGGAGAAAAUAUCUACAGCAUGUGCAAGCAAGGGCCUAUUUAUAUACGGGCAUGCACAAUGUUGAAGGUGUGGGCACUUGAUGAAAUGCUUGAGUCAGAUGGAGCAUCUGAGACUGGAAUGGAAGAUGAAGCUACCAGUAGUCAAAUCUCUAGUAGUCGUAGCCAGUUUUCUGGAAUAAAAAGAUCCAAACAGUCAACUCUAAGUGUAAGUGAGAAAAGAAAGUGUGUACACUUCAAUGCAGAAGAAAGGCAUGUUGCUGGAGAUGAAAUCACCAUUGAUUGUGAUGUAAUUGGCACUUCCAAUAGUACCUCUUCACCUACAGUUAGCCAAGCAGGCAAUAAACCAUCUGAUAAGACUGCCUGUGAUUUGGAUGAAAUUUACGCCACCUUGCUUUUCGACGAAAUAAAUUCCGACGUGCUUGACGAUGAUCCUCUCGUUUUGAAAGAUAUAGUGGAGACUAAUGCCGAUGACAUUGACGACAACAUUGAAGAGAGCAUUACAUUAAAAGAAGUACUGACAGAUCUUGGAAAAGCAACCUCUUAUGAUCAAGUCUCGAUGUUUAACCUAAGUCGAAAUCAUAUAUGGGAGGGAACGAAAAGAGCGCUUAAUAGGAAGUCAUUUAGUCCUGAAAAUAAGCUUUCCGUAAAGUUUACGGACGAUAUUGGCCGGUCAGAAGGCGCGGUAGACCUGGGAGGGCCAGCAAGGGAAUUCUUCACCCUAAUUACAGAAUGGCUGGUUAAUUCGCGACUUUUCUUCGGAGAAACAACGACGAAGUUCCUUUCAUUGAACGCAAUCUGCUUGGAAGAACGAGAGUACUUCAUGACCGGGCAAAUCUUCGCGAUGUCGUUGGUACAUGGUGGUCCCGGUGCCAAUUGUCUAUCAAGUGCAUGCUAUGAUGCGGUAAUAAAUGCAACGGGAACGCUUAACCUAAGUGCAACACUUGAUGAUAUUCCUGAUGUUGAAUUACGAGCAUCGCUUGGAAAGUUAUUACAAGCUUCUGUAGUAGAUGACGCUCGGCGAAUAAUUGAUGAUGAAAAGUUAGAUACCGUAUUUGAUAUGGCUGGCACAUUUCAAAUGAUCAGAAGCAAGGCCGACGUUGAGAAGGUAGUUCAGCGCACUAUCAACUGGUAUGUGUUGGGGAGAAGCCAACCAGCAUACUCAAGUUUCAAGGAGGGGUUGAAAACCUUAGGUGUACUAGAAGCCAUGUUGAAAUACCCAAAGUUGUUCAGAGAAGUAUUCUGUUACAGAUCUCAACCUCUAACCGUUACGACAGUACAGUCUAUCUUCAAAUUGGUGCUUUCCGAAGAAGGUUCAAAUAGAAGAAAUGCCGAAAGUCUUAUCCUCUCGCAUUGGAACGAUUUUCUACAAGACGCAGAAGAAGAUCAAACGCAAAUAAGCUUAUCGGAGGUUUUGUUUUUUGCAUCUGGUUGUAAAAUUCUUCCUGCUCAAGGCUUAAUCGGUGAACUUCAUUUUUUGCACGAACCUGAAAAGGAUGGAAAGCUAUCCAAGUUCCCCAAAGCUAACACGUGCGCGUGUAUCCUUAAGCUGCCUGUUGUGCAUGUUGAUUACGAAAGCUUCAAGAAUGCAAUGCUGUUUGGUUUGAAAAACGCUCGUGGGUUUGGUUGUGCAUGAAAGUUGUUGUGGAUUCGGUUGUUCCACAUUAUUAAUCACUACGUAAACAGUAACGGCUUAGUUUAAAGUUUAUUAACUUUUGCGACAU